GUCGGGGCGCCGCUCGAGCCCGCGCGGGCCGGCAACGCCGCGCAGUCCGCGCCCGGAGCCCGCGCUCACCGCUCACCGGCCGCCACCACCGUCGCACACCAUGGAGAUGGAACACUUCAUCGAGACCGUGCGCAAGUAUCCGUGCUUGUGGAAUACCACGGCGAUCGAGUACCGCGACCAGGAACUGAAGGACGCCGCGUGGACGGAGGUGAUGAAGGAGACCGACUUGUCGUCAGUAAAAGAAGUAAAGCUGAAAUGGAAGAAGCUGCGCGACAGCUACCGCGACGCGUUGAAGCGGCAGAACGACAUGCUGGCCAAAGACCCGCUCAACGCCAACAAAAAGAACUACGCCUGGAAGUACAUGGGGCUGAUGCAGUUUCUGCAGCCGCACAUGAACGCGCGCAAGAAGGCGGCCGAUCCGCAGCCGCCCGCCCCCGCCGCCAACGGCGUCGACCACUCCAGCGACGAGUCCGAGUCGGAGCCCGGCUCCGAGCCCAAGCGCAAGCACGAGGCGUUGUCCGUCAUCGACCGCAAGCUGGACUACCUGUGCAAGUCGCAGGGCGGCGCCAAGCGGCCCUUCACCGACGCGCACUACGCGGAGCGCAAGCGUGACGCGCCCACGCCUGCCCUGCCCGACCCGCUGGACAUCUUCUUCAACAGCAUGUGCCAGUCCACCAAGCGCUUCCCGUACCCGACGCAAAUCAAGAUCAAGAAGGCGCUCUUCAACGCCGUCAUAGAGGCGGAGGAGGGCCUCAUCGCAGAGCAGCAGAACUACGCGGUGCUGUGGGCGCGCGGCGCGGGCAGCUCGAGCAGCAGCGAGGCGGGCGAGCCCGAGCCCGAGGAGGAGGAUCGCAAGCCCUCCUGAGCCCAGCGCGCGCGGGUGCUGCCCUGGCUGCGUCAGUACUACGCUCACUGCGCACAGUACGCCUCCGCUUACGCUUACCCGCACUGACUCCGCCCUGUACGGACUUCAGAGUUUUUACUUUCUGCUAGCAGUUCUAAGUUUGCCAACAACGGAAUAAUUAUAUGAAAUCUCUGUUAAUAUAAAUUCAUCCAUCGUUAUAAAUGGCGUGAAUAUAGUAUAAGCAGAAAGGACUAAGUUUAACUAUAAAAAUUGAGUUGUUAUUUUGUGUUGGUGUUCUUUAGGUUGUUUCUCAAAGAAUCCAACAUGCUGUUAAACCACAAAUGCCUAAUUCUAGUGACACGUUCCUGAAUAUACUCGGGUUUUCAUUUGCUCGGUUACAGCAGAUGCUCAGAUGUGUAGGAAGUGUUGGUGUCAUGCUACCAAAGAUGUGCAAGUUGUUUAAACGAAUGUAACAACAGUAUUAAAAUGUCGGAGAUCCGGUUUCUCGAAGCAUGCCGCGAGUUUAGUUAGGUAUUAAUAAUACACGUCCAAUUUUGAAACCAGACUAGGUGUAAUAGUAUGUAAAUGUAUUGAGUAAUGUAAGUGUUCGUACGUAGGCGGUAAUCGUUAGUCAUUGUUUAUACAUGUUAAUUCCCAUUGUAAUUGUUGUAAUACUAACUGAAAGCGAUCAAUCGCUAGUAUAUCUAUCUACUUUAUGUAUAAUGUAACUUAAUUUAAUUUCUUUGUUGACAUAAUAGUGUUGGUGAUAUUUUUAGCGGUUGCAAUCAAAUUACCAUAUCAAAUUGAAUUACCUUUAGCUACUUAUUGAGUAACCUUUGGGUUUAAAUGGCAUUGUUUUAGUAGUAAAUUUUUUUCAAGGUUGUCCAUAUUUACAGUGUAACAAUCAUAACACGUUAGUAUUUGUUAUAAGACUCACCAGGGUAAUUACUAUCUACCACAUUCUAGUGUAUAAAUAACCGCCAAAGGAUACCUUAACCUUAUUGACAAGGGCUCAUUGUAGUUAAUAAGUCCAGAUAAUCAUUGUCUCGGCGUGGCUAUUCCGACACAAAUUCCAUGUAUAAUUAUAAUUGUAUGCGAUUUGCAGAGACCUACAGUAGGUUCUCGCUCGAGAGUUGUGUGCUCGUCUGUUUGAUUGUAAUGUUGAUCGAAUCAAAGCUGUGAGUGAAAUAAUUGUAAGACAAUUUGACUGAGAGUGAGUGUGUAGGGGUUAUGUUGUGAGUUGUGAUGUUUAUACUAAACGAUUGUAACGAGAUCUCCUAGAGGCAGUCAAUAAAAACAUAAAG